AUGUCUCGACUACCCUCCCUCUCGAAUAUUAUUCAUAUCCGUGAUUUUAUUGACGCCGUAACGGAUGACCCGACUCGAGAAGUCUCACCUAAUCACGUUGAGAUCUAUACCGACGUUAAUAUCUUCUGCGAAGACAACUUCUAUACUCCGGACAUCAUCGUAGAGCCUAUUCGCGCGCGAAUUCGUGCGUAUCUGACCCGAGACCAACGGGAACAAUUUGUCCCUAACGCCUUCCUCUACGCUGACGGUCGCUUUUUCACGACCCAGUCCCCAGACAAUACGUUGGAACUUAGCGUCCAGGCAUUGAGUUUGAUGAGACACCCAGGUAACGUCGCUGACUUCGAGGAGUACCGCCAGCGUUUACCAGAACAAUGGUGUCCUAUGGUGACCGUCGUCGGCUCGGUGCCGUCUCGCAACGACCACUCGCUAGACACAGCGCACGCCCGCUACUUCAUGAUUGAAACCUCCGUUUAUGACGUCUCCAAAUCUACGUCCGUUCCAUCCACCAUGGCCUGCUUCUUCGAAGAUUCCAAACGCUGGCAAAAAGUAAAGACCCCUCAGGCAGGAUCCUUCCUCAGCCUCACCGCCAAAGUGGCCGGUCGCACAUCUGAUACCAACCUUCUGGCCCUCCGAGUCCUGGAUCUGGCCUUCUUGCCGAAGCCUACGUCCACUGGACUCACCCCGACCCCUAUCACUACUCCAUCGUCGAAACGACUCGAUCGUUGGGAAGGCCGCCCUGCUCUAUCGACUCCUUCGAAAAAACCGCGUCUCUUGGACCCGGCCAUAGAAAUACUAACUCCAUCGGACUCGACGCCACGUGGACUCGAUCGACCGCAUACAGACCGCACUACAGACUCACAACCUACUCCCUCUUCUCUCUCUACCACUACGCAGCUGGACGACUCCUCGAACAUAUCUAAUCCACCUAGGAGCUCUGACAGUGGAUUUCGGCCGCGUCGCAACUGUCGUCCUUCUAAAAAAUUGGAAGUACCAGUAGAAACAAAGAACUCCUCGCUUAUGGAUAUUGAAUCUGUCGAUCCAGAACUGUGACAUAUAUCAAAGUCAAUGAUCUCCCUUUGUCUAGAUACGGUAUAGUAAGACUAGCCGCCCUCCCACCAUACUUUCUCCUAAUAAUCUGUGCGACGCCAAUCAACACCGGCUGCGACUGAACGUUUCCAAAACAUCCUCCAUUCCAACCAAUGUGAUGCUUCUGUGAAUAAUUCGAGUGGCGUUUUUUGGAAUUCAUAAUCGCCAACUCGAGCUUCGUUCCUCAAGGCUCUGUUAGGGCGAACCGCUUGGCGGUUCGCGUCUACCCUUGUCUAACUAGACCUUAAAUCACAUGAUAUUCACGUGAGUUUCACGUGGUUUG